AUGGCAGAGAAGCAGAGUGAAGUGCCCAAUUUUACCAUCAGCGACUAUGUCAAGUUCUUUGGCGCCGGUGCCCUUGCGGCGACGUCCACCCAUGGAGCUGCCACACCAAUCGACGUGGUAAAGACACGCAUCCAGGUCGACGAUGCCUUGAAGGGCUACAACAUGAUCCAGGCCGGCCGCACGAUCGUAGCCAAAGAGGGAGCAUCAGCGCUGCUUACCGGGUUCGGACCCACGGCUGUGGGAUAUCUCGUCCAGGGUGGCGCCAAGUUUGCCGGCUACGAGUUCUUCAAGAAGAAGUACAUUGAAGCUGCGGGUGGCAUUGAAAAGGCCGUGGAGCGCCGGACAGCCAUCUACCUUGGUGCUAGCGCGACGGCCGAGUUCUUUGCCGACAUUUUGCUCUGUCCACUCGAGGCGACAAGAAUUCGACUGGUAUCUCAGCGCGGAUAUGCCAGCGGCUUCGCAUCGGGCUUCGCGAGGAUGGCGAGGGAGGAGGGACUCAGAGGAUUCUACUCUGGGUUCGUCCCUCUGCUGUUCAAGCAGGUCCCUUUCGCCGUGGGACAAUUCUCGGUUCACGAGGCGGCAAAUGAAAUCAUCUACCGGUCAAUAGGCCCGGAGCGCAAAGCGAAGCUGACACAUCUUGAGACCACCGGCGUAGAGUUGACGUCAGGUAUCGCGGCGGGAGUGGCAGCGGCGGUACUCUCGCACCCGGCAGACACGCUGCUGUCGGCUAUCAAUAAGGGCGCCGGAGACCCGAAGCAGGGUGCGACAAGUCGCAUGUUCCAGCUGGCUCGUGAGUUUGGCCCUAAGCGAUUGAUUACCACGGGCUUGGGACCUCGCUUGAUCAUGACAUGCGGACUGGUAUCCGGGCAGUUUGUUAUUUACGCGCAGUGCAAGGCUUUUACGGGAGCGCCGCCAGGUAUCGAAAUCCACAAGGAGGCAUCCCUGUGA